AGCAUCGAAGCCAUUAUGGACUGCGAGGCCCACUCUGCUACUGCAUCCUGGCAGCCAAGUGUUGGAGCCUCGUCCUAUGUUACUGAGCUUACAGCUUCAUCAGGCCACAACGCCAGCUGCACCACCAACCACACUUACUGUGAGCUGAGGUACCUGCAGUGCGGAGAGAAAUACAAUGUCACUGUGAAGGCUCUGGGAGAUACUUGCAACAGCACAGCUCAAAUGGCAGGACACCUCUACACAGAGCCCUGUGUCCCCAUGAAUCUCUCUGUCCACUACAAUGAAAGCACUGCCCAGGUGAUGUGGACAGCAGCAGGCGGUGCCAGCUCAUACUCUGUCUGGGCUGUGACUGACCAGGGCUUGAUGGUCACCUGUAACACCACCAACACCAGCUGCUACCUGAACGGCCUGCAGUGUAGUCAGAUCUACAACGUCACUGUGAUGGCACGAAACAUGGCCUGCAACAGCACUGUGACUUCUGAACCCUACCACCUCAUGACAGAGCCCUGCCCACCCACCAACGUUCAAGCCAAUGUGGCGUGUGAACAACUCACUGCGACUGCUUCCUGGCAGCAGAGCGACCUCGCUGUGGGUUAUGUCGCCUACAUUGACAACCAGAAAGGCCACAACACUUCCUGUGACUCAGACACAGAUACCUACUGUGUUGUCUCAGGACUGAUGUGUGGCACAGUGUACAACGUCUGGGUCAAGGCGAUUGGACAGCAGUACAACAGCUCUGACAGUACAGUUGUCUCUCUUACAUCAGCUCCAUGUUUGCCCAGAGAGGUAGAGGUAGAGGUCGACUGUAAAUCUGAUGGCGCUGCCGUUGUGUCCUGGAACACCACCUAUGGUGCAGCAAACUUUUCCCUGACAGCCAUCGUCAGUGGAAGUCUUCAGACUCUGUGUGCAACUCAGCACAACAGCUGUAAUGUGACAGGUUUAAGUUGUGGGGAAACCUACAACGUCAGCUUCACCGCCAGCAACAGCCAAUGCAACCUCACAGCGCCGAUGCACGCUAACCUCACCACACGUCCUUGUCCUCCCCAGCGUUUAGCUGUCGACCUGCAGUGUGGCUCCCGCACCGCAGACCUGUCCUGGGAGGAGAGGUCAGAUGUUGAACUGUACGUAGCAAGUGCCAUCAAGACAUCAGGAGGGGAGGUGAAGACGUGUAACUCUACAGGCUCUACCUGUCAGUUUGCCAGUUUGGACUGUGGAGAGACGUACAACUUUACUGUAACAGCACACAGUCAAGGCUGCCGUAGCCAGGCCAGCAGCACUGUGUCCAUCCAGACAGAGCCUUGCCAGCCUGUGAAUGUAUCUGCUCAGGCGCUCUGUCAGAGUGAGGACGUCCAGAUCUCCUGGCACCAAGCAAGCGGUGUUGUGAAAUACUUAGUAACAGCCAACGGGAGCCUCGGAUAUGUGGAGAUCCACAAUACAACCCAGACCAAUCUUACCACUGCUUUACCAUGCGGACAGCACUACAACGUCACCGUACAAGGACGAGGCAGCAAGUGUGACAGCAUCCCCAGCAGCCCCGCCUUCUUCAAAACUAGUCCAUGUAUCCCCCACCAUGUGACCACCUAUGUACAGUGUAAGUCUAACGUGGGCUCUGUUAGCUGGGGGCCCAGUGAUGGCGCUGAAGCAUACGUUGCCGUGGCAACUGGGCUUGAUGGCCACACCCACCCGUGUCUCACCACCAACACCACCUCCUGCACCUGGAGCGACCUGCACUGUGGAGAGGAGUACACUGUUGUAGUGAGAGCGAAGUGCGGCAACUGCACCAGCCUGCCCAGCAACAGCUCCGUCAUCCACAUGGAUCCCUGUGUGCCCCAGAAUCUGUCCGCCACUGUGAACUGUGAUAUGAAAGUUGUUUCACUGAGCUGGGAUGCCAGUAACGGGACAACGUUGUACGUGGUAUCAGGAGAGGGAGGAAACAAAACAAUUGGGCUCUCCACAAAUAUCACCACGGCUCACUUCUCUGAAUUUACCUGCGGACAAAACUACAGCCUCACAGUCACGCCUCACAACCAGCACUGUCCUGGAGAAACCAGCGCACCGGCUUCCAUACAGACAUGGCCGUGUCACCCUGCAGGAAUCUGGACCAAGCAGGACUGUCUCUCUGGCAUCGUCAUGGUAACCUGGCAGGCCAGUAAUGGGUCAGACUACUACACAGCCACCAUGCAGACUGACACUGGCAUCUCAGAAAUGUGCAUGUCUGACUCUAAUGAAUGCAGCGUCCCUGGUCUGACCUGCGGGCACAACUUCUCAGUGUCAGUCACAGCCUCCAACCAGCAGUGUAACAUCACCUCCAGUCAAACCACCAGUCUGCAGUCAGUGCCAUGUGUUCCCACUAAUGUCUCAUGGGUGAUGGACUGUGCCAACAACACUGCUAAUGUGUCCUGGUCUGCCAGUCGGGGUGCCGUACAAUACUCUGUGACGGCCCACAGUAGUCAUGGCAACGACAGCUGCCAGACCUCUGACCUCAGCUGUAGCCUUGACAACAUCAUAUGUGGCAACAGCUACACUGUUCAGGUGGUGGCUAUGGAUGACAACUGCUCUAGUAUCCCCAGCCAGGCUCUGAUACUCAACUCAGCUCCCUGCCCGCCUCAGAAUGUGAGUGCCGAGGUCAGCUGUUCGUCAAACGACAUGACAAUUUCUUGGGAUGCCAUCAGAGAAGCAGACCACUUUUUGGUGUCAGUAAUUGCAGUCAGUGGAGGAACCAGCGAGUCGUGUAACACCACAAACACUGCAUGUUCCAUCAGCAAUGUGACCUGUGGAGACACAUUCAGGGUUCAAGUCACCUCCGUGAGAGGCAGCUGCCGCAGCCAGCACAGUCAAACCCUCAGCACCGUGUCAGCUCCCUGCCAGCCUCAGGGAAUCAGAGGCCGCCUCGACUGUGUGACCAACUCUGCCUGGAUAUCAUGGGAUGCUGCUGCAGGGGCGGACAGCUACACUGUGUCAGCUGUAGGCGGAGGGGACUAUGCAGCCAACUGCACCACUUCCUCCAACACUACCUGUGAGGUGGAGGACUUGGCCUGUGGCGUGCUUUAUAACUUCACUGUUGUUGCUAAAAACAGCAAAUGUGAGAGUCAGCCAAGCGUCACCAUUGACUUGCAGACAGCCCCCUGCUCCCUCUCCGGUAUCACAGCGGACGCUCAGUGCCACAAUUCCUCCAUCCACGUCUUGUGGAAUCUGAUGGAUGGCGGCGAGGGAAACACCGUGUACAAUGUCACAGCAGAAGCCAGUGACCACACCUACCUGUCCUGCAACAACACUGGCACUAGCUGCUACCUCCAUGGAGCACGAUGUGACCUGCAUUACACCAUCAUUGUUGCUGCUUCAGAAGACCAGUGCAGCAGUAUGAGAAGUCCGCCGUACAGAAUUAGCAUGGAGCCGUGUCCACCCAAGAACGUGUUGGUAAACGCCACCUGCGAGGACAACAGUGCGCUGGUGUCCUGGAGUCCGUCUCCUGUGGCUGAAACCUAUCACGUCGUCUCAAUGGGUGCAGACGGACAUGUGCAUACAUGCAACACCACCUCCAGUAACUGCAGCAUAUCAGAGCUCCACUGUGACCAGCAGUAUUCAGUGUUUGUGACUGCCAGCCACGAGAACUGCUCCAGCAAGGCCAGUCAAAAUGUCACACUCAACACAGGUCCCUGCCAACCUGAUGGUCUCUCGGUUACCUCCCACUGUAACAAUCAGUCUGCUUGGCUGUCAUGGACGCCCAGAGAUAACUCUGUAGACUACUACGGCCGUGCUAAGGCUGGAAACGGAGACAUGCUGUAUUGUCACAGCACACUCCCCAGCUGCACCAUCCAGGAUCUUAAUUGUGGAACAGUUUACAAUUUCUCCGUCCAGGCCUCAGAUGGGACAUGCAACAGCUCCUUCAGCGACCCAGUGCAGAGUGGAGCAGCUCCCUGUCCUCCAGACACUGUUGAGGUGGAGCUGUUUGCGAUGCAGAUGGAGAUCCAGGUGAUGCACUUCAACUGGACAGAGAUCACCUGUAGAGACACAAAGUACAAACUGAAGUUAACAGGAACUCUGCUAGGAGAUAGCCAGGCCCAGUUCGAUCUCGCUUCCUAUUGGACGAGCUCGACGUACUUUGAGUUUCCUCUCCCCUGCGGUUCAUCCUUCUCUGCUACAGUGGAGAGCAGGAACGCUGCCGGUACCAGCGACCCAUCUGUGCCUCUCAAUGGAACAACAGCUCCUUGUCCACCAUCAGGAGUGGAGUACAGUGGGAACAGCACCUUUGCCACAGUCUCCUGGAACGCGUCUGUGUUUGCCACUAAAUACACGGUGUACGACAACAGUGCGACGCCAAAAACCCAGCUGUGCAACACUACAUUGCUGUUCUGCUCCCUGGUGAACGUCGCUUCCACUAACCUGGUGAUCAUAGCCAGCAACACAGCUGGAGAAAGCGAAGAGAGAAGAAUCACGAAUGUGGUAACACAACAACGCAGGAGGAGAGAUCUCAAUGGAGAAACGACAGAGAAUUCUCCCAUGCUGAAUGUCACACAAGUAGAGAAAGUUGUUUUCAUUGAGUGGCGUCAAAGAGAUCCUGAUUCCAGUUUCAGCCUGUUAAUCAAGAAGCAAGACGGCUCCAGUGACGAGAUGACGGUGAUAGGAGAAUGCACCUUUCUCACUGAUCUGAGCCCAAACACGUACUACUGUUUCACUGCGUCGGACAGUGACUCUGCCACUGCUGAAGUGUGUGUGAAAACUUUGUAGGGGCUUCCCCAUUAGGAAAACUUAAAGGGGAACACCACUGAAAUUGAAAAAAAUCCAUUAUGUUAUUUCCAUGGUCGAGGAAAGUUCAGUCAAUAUUUGUGAACAUGAGCUCCGCUCUCUCAAAGCCAGAAACCAGAGAAGUAAGGCUUCGUCCAAAAUCUCAUACUAUGCACUACAUACUCAAUAGGUGUACUUACGUUAAACAUACUAUUGUGUGAAUAAACAGUAGUAUGUAUCUUUUCGGAUGCACUGAGCGGUCAUUUACGUCGUCACUUCCUGAGAGCCUCUUUGCCGGUUGGAGACGCGUAACCAUGGUAACCUGUGCCAACCUCGUGACCAAAACAACGGUUUGUGAGAAUCAAAGUCUGAAUUAAUAUAAAAUAUAUAUUACGCCGAGCAAAAUUAAAUCUUAACGUUGUCAACUUUACAGAGCUGUCCGUCAACAUCUGUUAUAAACGUUGUUGUCACUAUCGCAUUGCAUUGUGAGAUAUUUAUGCCGCCAUAGUGUCCAGCGUUGCAUACUGUAGUUUUUUACCGGAAAAAGUAUGCGAUUCGCGCACUAUUGGUUUCAUAGUAAGGUUUCAGACAUGCUAAAAAUAU